GAUUAUGAAAAGUAAGUAAAAUUCACUAAAUUACUGUUGAUGUACAUAAGUAAGUUAGCUAAUAGAAACAGCCAAAUCAUCUCCUGUGAGACUUUGAGUCUGACAUCAUCAUGAUUUUUUCGUGCAGUCCGUGAUUUUUUUUUUAGGUCGCUGUAGGUUUCGACCAAUCGAUAAAGAGGGGGUGUCAAAUUCAGUCCUGUCAGCUUCUUGUCACUUUCAGCCGCUGUAGAUUUAGACUAAUCGAUAAACGGGCGUGUAAAUUUCAUUGUAUGGCUGUUUCUAUAGAGCUAUUAAUUUGCUAUAAAUGUCCGUAAGAAAUAGAGGAAAUAUUACUUAAUACAUAAGAUGUGAAUAUAUACGAUAUGAAACUUCAAACUGGACACACUUAUAUCGACCGCUCUGAGGCUACGCUUGGUGGAGCAACGUGUAAAAUUCCUACAGGUUCCCCCGGAGCCAGCACCUUGUGUACAUCAACCAAGAGUGGUUUUUGUGCAGUCGAUACUCUUGACAUAGAUAAAAAAACAGUCACCGGUAUCUGCAUUUGCUACCCUGGCUUCACCGGAGACAACUGUCAAACUGCAGAUCCAUCUGUUCCAAGCACCAGUACAGGUGGAGUUUCAAACACUGCUGCCAGUACCGACGGAUUCUCAAAUUCUGUUGUUGCUAUAGCCAUGGGUGGAGUUGCUGCAUACCUUCUCUCCCAACCAGCAUCAGGACAAACUGCUCCAGGAACAGGGUACGCUUCUGGUACAGGCCUGGGCGCGCUCGGAAGUCAAUAUCAAAGUGCUUUAACAUUGUAUGGAAAAUAAUAAAUGACUAGGUGUAUGUUGACAGAGUUCAAGACAAUAUGAAUCUAAAUCAAAGUAUUGUAGGGUUAAAAAAAAAAACAAACAUGUGCAGCUCAGUCAUAAAACCUGGAAAGCAUGAAUAGAUUUAUAAAUCCUGCUUUAAUGUUUUUUAACGUUUUAACAAGCUUUUGUCGUAUCUGUAAAUUGAUUUGUUUGUAGAAUCUGUUUACCUGAUUUUUUUAAAAAGAUGCAACGACCAUCAAAGAAAAUAGGAAUCCUUCAUAAUCAUAAUUUUCUUAUGUUCCUGUAGCAGGUGCCCGUUACAAAAAUAUUGCUUUAUAUCAACGCGAUUUCAUAAAUUUGCUUGUCUAUUACUAGGCAAAUUAUCGUUAAUAAUUGCUGGUAUACUGCUGGUAUACUUUAUGACUUUGUACCAGUCACUUUUCUUCCCAUUAUGAAAAAUAAAGUUACAUUAGAAUUUUCACAAUAUUAAACGGCUCCUUUGCAAACCUUAACUUACUCAAAAGUACAAUCAUUUAAAUCGAAAUUCGAAAUUUAUUGCUCAUAAAUUCCCAAUUAUAUGCAGUUUCAGAAUUUGCAGCACUAUAUGAAUUUAGGAUGCAAAUUUGGGAAUAAAAAAGAACAAAGUUAUCUAUUUCCAUAUUUUUUUCAAAAAUAUUUUGGUGAUCCGCCGAGAAUUUAUUUAGAGUUUUACACCGGCGACUGUUUUUCCAGAGUUCCUUCGUUGUCACAGUUUUUUAAGCAUAUACUUGUACAUGUAUACAAUGUAACAAGUGUCCAUCCUUUUUAAGUAAAUUUAACUUCAUA